AUGUCUAUGGAUAGUGAUUUUACUUUAAGGGAUAAGCAAAUAUCCACAAUUGAGAAAAUGCUUCUUUUCAACUCGGAAAAUCGAAAUUCUGAUGUUACUGCCAGUAUUGAUGAUAGUGAAAUGAUUUGGAAGGUUUUGGUUUUGGAUACCAAGACUACUGCAAUCAUCUCCUCAAUUUUACGCGUAAAUGACUUACUAAAGUCCGGUGUUACUGUUCAUUCCCUUAUAAAACAACAAAGAUCACCACUACCCGAUGUUCCAGUCGUUUAUUUUGUCCAACCAACUGAGGAGAAUAUUGACUUAAUUGUGGAAGAUUUGAACAAGAAUAUGUAUUCGGAAUACUAUAUUAAUUUCUCGUCAUCUUUGAAACGAGAACUCUUGGAAGACUUGGCAAAGAAGGUUGCAACUAUAUCAAAAUCAUCGCGGAUUAAGCAGGUUUAUGAUCAAUAUACUGAAUUUGUUGUCACGGAGCCGGAACUAUUCUCUCUGGAUUUAAAUGGAACAUACGCCCUAAUUAACAAUCCACAAUCUAGCGAGGAUGCUAUUAUGCAAUUGUGUGAGAAAAUUGCUGAUGGGCUUUUUAACGUUAUAUUGACAGUAGGCAACAUUCCUGUGAUACGUGCUCCAAGAGGUGGACCCGCCGAAAUGGUUGCGCAGAAGUUAGAAUCUAAAUUGCGCGACUACGUUAUUAGCACUAGAUCUAACAAUUCGAACAACGCUUUGGAAAGGUUUUUACUGUUGAUCCUUGAUAGAAACAUUGACCUGCCAACUAUGCUUGCCCAUUCAUGGAUUUAUCAGUGUUUAGUAUUUGAUGUCUUUAAGUUGUCAAGAAACACCAUAAGUGUACCAAGUACGGAUUCACAAGGUCAAGUCACCUACAAGAAAAUGGAUAUCGAGCCUAAAGAUUUCUUUUGGAAUUCAAAUGCUCAUCUACCGUUCCCAGAUGCGGUUGAGAAUGUUGAAUCUGCUUUGUCGGAGUAUAAAUUAGAAGCUGAAGAAAUUACCAAAAAGACUGGCGUGAAUAAUAUUGAUGAUUUGGAUCCCAAUUCUCACAAUGAUACCUUGCAAAUACAGGAGGCCGUUGACAAAUUGCCUCAGCUAACUGCUAAAAAGAACAUUAUUGAUACCCACAUGAAUGUCUUGGCGGCGUUAUUGAAGGAACUAGAAAACAAGGGAUUGGAUUCUUUCUUUGAACUUGAACAAAUGACAGACUCAACGAAAUUCAGACAAUCAUAUCUAGAAAUAUUAAAGGAUGGAAGGACAAACAACUUGGAAGAUAAAUUCCGUACUCUCAUAAUACUAUAUUUGACAGCAGCGGAUGCACUUCCAAAUGAUUUUAUAAAACAAGUGGUAGAUUACUUCACUUCGAACAAUUAUGACAUAAAGGCUUUAAAUUAUGUCUACAAAUUAAGAGAUAUAAUGAAACUAUCUAAUAUGCCAUUAAAAGCCGAAAAUGGUACACAUGUUCACAAUACAGGAUCUAUUGGUGGGAAUUCUGCGCAACUUUUGUCUGGGUUAUCGAACAAGUUUUUAGGAUUGACAGAAGGGAAGAUUCAGGGCGGUGUAGGAUCUUUGAUAUCAGGUAUAAAAAAACUGCUUCCAGAAAAGAAGGCGACACCAGUCACAAACGUUUUGGCUUCUCUAAUGGACCCAUUGAACAGCUCACAAAGUAAUUUAGAGGUUACCGAUGAUUACUUAUAUUUCGAUCCUCGCGUUAUGAGAGGUUCCCAUUCACAAAAACCGAAGAGACAAUCUUAUAAUAAAUCAUUAGUUUUCGUCGUCGGAGGUGGGAAUUAUGUUGAAUAUCAAAACUUGCAGGAGUGGGCUCAUCAACAAGGCAACUCAAAGAAGAUUGUAUAUGGUAGCACAUCAAUAACUACUCCAAGUGACUUCCUAAAGGAAUUCGAGCAAAUUAGUUGA